UUUCUCGUAGACAUAAAAGGCUCUGCAAUUAAAUUUAAAUCUUUCAAUUAACAAUUUGGUGCUAGAGAAGUAGAAUGAGUAUGAUAGCUGUUGUUUUUCCCCAUUUUGUAUGCCAAUUAAUGGAUUUCAGUAGAGAUGGAUCAAGUCAGGGUCAAACUUAUUCGUAGGAACAUAAACAAUAAGUCAAAUGUAAAAGAGCAGAACGCUGGUUUUGUUUCCAACCAUUAGGCAAAGAUGUCAGACAAAAGCGACCUUAAGGCUGAACUGGAGCGUAAGAAACAACGCUUAGCUCAAAUAAGGGAAGAAAAGAAGAGAAAGGAAGAGGAAAAGAAAAAGAAAGACUCUGAUACACAACAGCAGCAAGAGGCUGUCUCUGAGGAUUCUGACUUGGAUCGCAAACGCAGAGAGACAGAGGCACUUCUGCAGAGCAUUGGCAUUUCCCCUGAACCUCCCUUAGUGCAGCCCCUGCAGCCCCUCACCUGGGAUACCUGUUAUUUUCAUUAUUUAGUCCCAACCCCUCUGUCUCCCUCUUCGCUAUCAGUCAGCACCUGUAGUGAGGCGGGCAGCCUGGAGUCUGUGGAUGGAGGGACAGGGGGCCGAUAUCGGGCUCUGCAGUGGGACUCUGAUCCAUCUACACUGCAGCUUCUAGCAGACUCAGACAUGGGGCGCAGGAUGUGUAGACUUGGGCCAUCAAAGAUUAUCCAGGUCGACUUCCUCCCCAAAGAGGUGGUGAGCUACACUAAAGAGACCCAAACACCCAUAGCCCCCAAUCCCAAAGACGAGGAAGAAGAAGAAAAAGAGGAGGUGGUUCCAGAACCUCGAAUGAGCCAACCAGAGGAGAAGGAGGAGUCAGUGGAGAAGAAGGAAGAUGCACCAAGAGAGCUGACAGAAGAGGAGACCCAACAAAUGCUUCACUCUGAGGACUUCCGGGUAUUCUUUGAUUGGUCCGUUCGUGUGGUGGAAAGGGCACUGGCUGAGGAGGCAGACAUCCUGUUUGAUUAUAGCGGCAGAGACCUACAAGACAAGGAUGGAGAUAUGCAGGGUGGGUUGAAUCUGUCUUUCAAUCGACAAUUCUACGAUGAACACUGGUCAAAACAUAGAGUGGUCACCUGCCUCGACUGGUCUCCACAGCACCCUGAACUGCUGGUAGCCUCCUACAACAGCAAUGAGGAUGCUCCCCAGGAGCCUGAUGGCGUGGCGCUGGUUUGGAACAUGAAGUUCAAAAAGAUGACUCCAGAAUUCAUAUUCCACUGUCAGUCUUCAGUGAUGUCGGUGGGUUUUGCCCAGUUCCAUCCCAACCUGAUAGUGGGAGGGACAUACUCAGGUCAGAUUGUGUUGUGGGACAACCGCAGCCAUAGACGCACUCCUGUCCAGAGGAGCCCAUUGUCCUCAGCAGCUCACACACACCCUGUGUACUGUGUCAACGUGGUCGGAACUCAGAACGCCAACAACCUGAUCACCGUGUCAACGGACGGAAAGAUGUGUUCCUGGAGUCUGGACAUGCUCUCUCAACCUCAGGAGAGUAUAGAGCUGAUGUACAACAAGUCUAGGUCUGUGGCCGUCACAGGGAUGGCCUUUCCAACUGGAGACGUGAACAAUUUUGUGCUGGGAAGUGAGGAGGGGCUGGUCUAUUCCGCGUCCCGUCACGGCAGUAAAGCAGGCAUAGCAGAGAUGUUCGAGGGGCAUCAGGGUCCAGUUACAGGCAUCAGCUGCCACAAUGCUGUGGGCGGAGUUGACUUCUCACACCUCUUCAUCACUUCCUCGUUUGAUUGGACGGUAAAACUGUGGAGCACAAAGCACAACAAGCCACUGUACUCGUUUGAGGAUAACGCAGAUUACGUGUAUGAUGUAAUGUGGUCUCCGGUCCAUCCAGCAGUGUUUGCUUCUGUAGAUGGGAGGGGUCGCCUCGACCUGUGGAACCUCAACAACGACACAGAGGUUCCGUGCGCCAGUGUGACAAUGGAGGGGCCGUGCGCUUUAAACCAGGUCAGGUGGUCUUCAGGAGGCAAAGAGGUUGCCGUGGGCGACUCUGAGGGCGGCGUUGGGAUUUACGAUGUUGGAGAGCUGGCGGUGCCCCAUGCUGAUGAUUGGAGCCGCUUCGCCCGCACCCUGGAGGAGCUACGUUCCCAUGGUGAUGGCGAGGGGGGCACGGAGCUGGCCGGCUGAUACCUCCUUAACCCUUUACCAGUCGGGGCAUCAGGCACCAUCCAGACAGACACUCACAUUGCCCAAUCAUAUCAUGGCAAGGCACUGAUUUUGUCAGCCAAGAAGGAUGUGUUCAGUAUUCUAACAAUGCCUGGUCUGAAGUGAAUUCUCACUUUGGUGGGUUAAUGAAUCACUGUGAUCCAAUUUCAUGCUCAGGCUUAAAAGAAAAAACAGUUGAAGAGCAAGAAUGCUAUUAUAUUUUAUUUGUGCUUAACUUUUGAAAAAUUAUAAUAUUAAUUAUUAAUCUCAACAUGAUAGAUUGCAAUGAGCUAUAAUCUGUAUGACCUAUUCUGUAAAAAGAAAGUGUUUAAUUAAAAUGUCAAUUAGAAAAUGGAGGUCUAUUGACUAAUUCCUUUAAGAAAUUAAUUAAAAAAAAACAUACUAUUUUGAAGAAUAUUAUCAAUCAUGGUCAUGUAAAAUAUCAUAUUUAAUUGAAAAUAUUUUCUGAACUAUUGCGUCUUCGCAAUUGCUUUGUAAGUCUUUUUUUAUGGUUUAUUUUGC